ACCUCAAGCUAUAUAUAAGACCACUUUGAAUUCCAUAGAAACAGUAAGAAGCAACAACAAAACAAAAGAGAGAGAAGAUACUUUGAUUCAAAGCUUAAGAAAAUGUCUUCCACUAAAGCCUUCCAAGAACAAGUCCAUGGCGGUUUUAUCUCUAGAAAGCUGCUUCUGCACAACCCAUUUGACCACAACACUCAACAAACCUUCAUGGUCGCACCAUCUCCCCUCAUUACACAUGAGAACAACGUCAGUGGGAAUGUCUUGAUGCUUCUCUCAGUCCUCAUCUGUGGAAUCAUCUGCUGCCUCGGUUUACAUUAUAUCAUUCGCUGCGCAUUCAGACGUACUUCAAGUUUCAUGAUCUCUGAGCCUAUCUCCAGUCUUUCAACACCACAUGGGUCAUCAAACAAAGGAAUCAAGAAGAAAGCUCUUAAUAUGUUCCCGGUCGUGAGUUACUCAACUGAGAUGAACUUGCCAGGGGUCGGUGAAGAAUGCGUCAUCUGUUUGUCGGAUUUUGUUUCUGGUGAAAAGCUCAGGCUGCUGCCUAAGUGCAACCACGGGUUCCAUGUUCAUUGCAUUGACAAGUGGCUUCAACAACAUUUGACUUGUCCAAGCUGCAGACACUGUCUCGUUGAGACAUGCCAAAAGAUCUUAGGUGACUCCAGUCAAGUGACAGCAACACCAUCAGAGAGCAUAAUUGUCAGGAUAGCUCCUCUAGAGCCUGAAGGAAGAUUAAACACUUUAAGAGAAAACAUCUAAAUGCUCAGAAACCAUCAUAAGUUCAGAAUCUGUGCUCAAGUUAGAUAUAAUUUUUUUUUUAGAUCUGAGCACAGCUCAUGUCUAUUGCCAUAGAAGAGUUCCAAAAGAAAAAAAGGAAAAAAACAGUAUAGUUCAAAUUUUAACAAAUUUUUAUGUCUUUUUUAUUUGUGUGCCUGUAACACAAAGUGUAUACAGAAGAAAUAUAAACAUAUUACUUUUUCA